UGUUUAGAAACGCUGUGACCAGACCAAAGACAACAAGGUGAACACUAGCAGGAGCGACUUCGCUGUUUGAGUGUUGCUUGUUCACGAAAUGGACUGCUCAAAUCUAACCAAUGUACGCACAGAGUCCAAGGAUUAUCAGAACAGCCACAAAGACACAGACCAGCAGCACUGCACAGAGGAUGAGCCCUUGCUUAGAGACAACCCCAGGCGUUUUGUCAUCUUCCCAAUCCAGUACCCUGACAUCUGGAGGAUGUACAAACAGGCCCAGGCCUCCUUCUGGACAGUGGAAGAGGUGGAUCUAUCUAAGGACCUGGCACACUGGGACAACUUGAAGCCUGAUGAGAAACACUUCAUCUCUCACAUCUUAGCUUUCUUCGCUGCCAGCGACGGCAUCGUCAACGAGAACCUUGUCCAGAGGUUUAGUCAGGAGGUACAGCUUCCAGAGGCCCGAUCCUUCUAUGGGUUCCAGAUCCUCAUAGAGAACAUCCAUUCUGAGAUGUAUGGCAUGCUCAUCAACACUUACAUCAGGGACUCUGAGGAGAGGGAGCAUUUGUUCAAUGCCAUUCAGACUAUGCCGUGUGUGAGAAGGAAAGCAGACUGGGCGAUCCAGUGGAUCUCUGACACCAAAUCCACCUUCGGGGAGCGGAUAGUAGCGUUCGCUGCAGUGGAGGGCAUCUUCUUCUCAGGGUCAUUUGCUGCUAUUUAUUGGUUGAAGAAGAGAGGCCUGAUGCCUGGGCUCACCUACUCCAACGAGCUCAUCAGCAGAGACGAGGGCCUGCACUGUAACUUUGCCUGUCUGUUGUACAGCUACAUAGUGAAGAAACCGUCAGAGGACAGGGUGAAGGACAUUAUCACCAAAGCUGUCAGCAUUGAGCAGGAGUUUCUGACAGAAGCCUUACCUGUGGAUCUGAUUGGGAUUAAUGGUGUGCUGAUGAAGCAGUACAUUGAGUUUGUGGCAGACCGUUUACUCCAAGACCUGGGAUUGGCCAAGGUCUAUCUGACAGAAAACCCCUUCGACUUCAUGGAGUCCAUCUCACUGGAAGGGAAAACAAACUUCUUUGAGAAGCGUGUGGCUGAGUACCAGAGGUAUGGAGUGAUGUCAAACACCAUGAACUGUGACUUCACCCUUGAUGCAGACUUCUAGUUAAAACACAUGGUUCCACGUGAAGAAAAAGAGGAGGCUUCAGGAGUUCCAUAAUAACCUCAGAUGCAAUUGGAGGGGAAUCCUGAUUGGAAGAAUUAUAACCACAUAGGUGCUGAGUGGCAUAACAUCAAUCCAAGUACAGGCACUCGUGUGGGUUUGAAAAUGGAAAAAGGCCACACAUUAUUACACUUGACCUGUAUAUUGAAUUUACAUUUGUUGUAUUUUAUCUUGAUUUAACAAGGACUUCACACUGACAAUGGCAGCAAUACUAGUGAACCAAUGCAAUGGUUUUAAUAAGUGUAACCGAUGUGAAAUGGCUAGCUAGUUAGCGGUGGUGUGCGCUAAUAGCAUUUCAAUCGGUGACAUCCCUCGCUCUGAGACCUUGAAGUAGUUGUUCCCCUUGCUCUGCAAAGGGUUGUGGCUUUUGUGGAGCGAUGGGUAACGAUGCUUCGAGGGUGGCUGUUGAUGUGUGCAGAGGGUCCCUGGUUCGAGCCUAGGUAGGGGCGAGGAGAGGGACAGAAGCUAAACAUAAGGAGUUAUUGAUCAAUGCCUUUUGUUUGUUUUAUCAAAUGAAUACUGCUCAUAGUCUCUCUCUGAUAAUCAUUUGUUAUAGGUGCAUAGCUAGAACUAUUAGGAAGAAUGUGUGUGAGAGUGUGUGUUUGCAAAACUUGCCCCGUGUGGAACACCACAAUAUUUUCUUUUGUAUCCCACCUGCUUCUACAUAUUUCCAGCUCCAUCACUUAUCAAUGCUUUCUUUUUGUAGACAGCCACUGUCAAAUUAAGGCCCUCCCCCUGGCGCUAGCUAGUUGGUAGUGCUGGCAGUGGCUAUGCUACAUGCUAGCUGACGUUUUGAAAAGAUGGCAACGGACUGGCAAGCUUUAACUGAUUUAAGCCAAGUUAAUAUCCAGUUGUCUCAGAGAGCUGUUAUCCUCCGGGCCGGGAUCUGUCUGAUCGUAGUUUGGGUGGAAUUGGGUCUUGACGCCUGUGUUGUAACUUUAAUGUGUUACAGAGUUAAUGUUUAAGUUAAUUCAUGGAGCUGGAUCUAAACAUAUUUCUUUACAGUUAUUUACAUAUUGAUUUGUAUUGAAUUACGCUUUUUGACUGCAAGUUCCAGAAUGCCUUGCGACAGGAAUGAGAGCGAUAAGGCGCCAAUUAUGUGCAGGUGCAAGUUGAUUAAGCUGACUUUCCGAUAGCAUCUUGUCUGCAUUGCUCUGUAGUAUCUAAAGCUGUUAAAUGUAACGUGAACAAGUAUUCUUACUAAAAGAAGCUUUCAUAUCAAACCCGACGUCCCGAGUCAUUGAAGUUAGUUAAUCUAAAAGCCUGAGCUUUACCCGUCAUGAGUGAUUUUUCUCCACGGGGGCGGCCUCUUCGGUGGGAAAAAGCAAGGAGCUCCGGUUAUUCGACAGGGGCCCUCCAGGAUCAAGUGAAUACAAUUGUGAAGCACGAGGAACAAAAGAAGACAAAAAUAUAUAUCAGGAAAAGGUACACACAUUUAGCUAUCUGUAAAUAGGAAUUGUCGUAGCAUUGGCAACAUUUUUUUUUGCUGUGUAGCUUUGUGUUGUUGGCUGGCUAGCGUGUUAACUUGCUAAUAUUAGACGCUAGCUAGCUUAAUUUGCUAUUUUUAAGUACUGGCUUUGUUUUGAUAGCUUAGUUUCCAGCUAGUUAGCUAGCCAUUUUCAUUAGCAUUAAUGUUUUCAUUCGUGUUUUCAAUUUUCUUUUUUGAUAUUUUCUUUUUUGAUAUUUUCACUGGUAUUGUUUAACAAACACGCCUCUAAAGAAAAUGAGAAUUAAAAACAGGUUCAGCCCCUGGUUCGACCGUGAUCUUGCAGAGUUUCUCCACCUCAAGAAUUGCAUUUGGCAAAAGGCUCGGCAUACUCAGGCUGACUGGUAUAUUCGUUCAAGCAAAUGAGAAAUAAGUGCACUCAAGCUAUCCGGAAGGCUAAAGUUAGUUACUUUAAUGAGCAGUUCUCUCUCUGGGUCUAAUCCUAAGAAGUUUUGGAAAAUGAACCCUCCUCCUCACAGCUGCCCAUGUCCAUUAAUGUUGAUGAUGUGGUUGUUACUGACAAGGAGCACAUGUCCCUUAAAGUUGAUGAUGUGGUUGUUACUGACAAGAAGCCCAUGUCCCUUAAUGAUGAUGAUGUGGUUGUUACUGACAGGCAGCACAUGUCCCUUAAUGUUGAUGAUGUGGUUGUUACUGACAAGGAGCACAUGGCUGAGCUCUUUAAUCACCACUUCAUUAAGUCAGGAUUCCUAUUUGACUCAGCCAUGUCUUCUUACCCGUCCAAAAUGUCCUCAUCUCCCACCCCUUCUAAUGUGACUCCUUAUAGGACACAUCACUGCACUCUAUACUCCUCUGUAAACUGGUCAUCUCUGUAUACCUGUUGCAAGACACACUAGUUGAUGCUUGUUUAUAAAACCCUCUUAGGCCUCACUCCCCCCUAUCUGAGAUAUCUACUGCAGCCCUCAUCCUCCACAAACAACACCUGUUCUGCCAGUCACAUUCUGUUAAAGGUCCCCAAAGCACACACAUCCCUGGGUCGCUCCUCUUUUCAGUUCGCUGCAGCUAGCUACUGGAACGAGCUGCAACCAACACUCAAACUGGACAGUUUUAUCUUGUCUCUUCAUUAAAAGACUCAAUCAUGGACACUCUUACUGACAGUUGUAGCUGCUUCGUAUGAUGUAUAUGUCGUCUCUACCUUCUUGACCUUUGUGCUGUUGACUGUGCCCAAUAAUGUUUGUGUACCAUGUUUUGUGUUGCUACCAUGUUGUUGUCUUGGGUAUCUCUUUAAGUAGUGUUGUGUCUCUUGUUGUGAUGUGUGUUUUUGUCCUAUAUUGUAUUUAUUUAUUUUAAUCCCAGGCCUCCGUCUCCACAAGGCCUUUUGGUCGUCAUUGUAAAAAAUAAUUAGUUCUUAACUGACUUAGUUAAAUAAAGUUUUACAAUAUGUAUAUAAUAAAUGUUGUCUUAGGUCUUUA